GGUGGGCCCGGGUGCUGCUAGCGCACUGACGGCCGGUGUACCGAGCCUCGAGCUGACGGCGGGUGCCUGACGGUCGCUGGGCGGCGAGCGGCGGCGAUGGCGACCGCGAUGGCAGCGACGGCGGCGGAGCGAGCGGUGUUGGAAGAGGAGUUCCGCUGGCUGCUGCACGACGAGGUGCACGCCGUCCUCAGGCAGCUGCAAGACAUCCUCAAGGAGGCCUCUCUCCGCUUCACUCUGCCCUGCUCUGGCACCGGCACGGAGGGUCCUGCCAAGCAGGAGAACUUCAUCCUUGGCAGCUGUAGCACAGACCAGGUGAAAGGCGUGCUGACUCUGCAAGGGGACGCGCUGAGCCAGGCGGAUGUGAACCUGAAGAUACCCCGGAACAACCAGCUGCUGCACUUCGCCUUCCGAGAAGACAAGCAGUGGAAGCUGCUGCAGAUCCAGGAUGCCAGGAACCAUGUAAGCCAAGCCAUUUACCUCCUUGCCAACCGGGAUGAAAGCUACCAGUUCAGGACAGGAGCAGAGGUCCUCAAGCUGAUGGACGCCGUGAUGCUGCAGCUGACCAGAGCCCGCAACCGGCUCACCACCCCGGCUACCCUUACUCUGCCUGAGAUCGCUGCCAGUGGCCUCACGCGGAUGUUCGCCCCUGCCCUGCCCUCUGACCUACUAGUCAAUGUGUACAUCAACCUCAACAAGCUCUGUCUCACCGUGUACCAGCUGCACGCCCUGCAGCCCAACUCCACCAAGAACUUCCGCCCAGCUGGAGGCGCCGUGCUCCACAGCCCUGGGGCCAUGUUCGAGUGGGGCUCCCAGCGUCUGGAGGUGAGCCAUGUGCACAAGGUGGAGUGUGUGAUCCCAUGGCUCAACGAUGCCCUAGUCUUCUUCACAGUCUCCCUGCAGCUCUGCCAGCAGCUCAAGGAUAAGAUCUCCGUGUUCUCCAGCUACUGGAGCUACAGGCCUUUCUGAACAGAACCCCCAAGAGUCUGUCCACCUGGGAAUUGGCCCUUGUCCCUCUCGGAGUGUUGGCCAGAGCCGGGCAGCAUGGGCUAUUUAUUUUCGUCUUUACCCCAUCCUGCCCAUCAUAUUUGCACAGAUGGAAAUGAACACUGGAAUCACUGAAAAGAAGGGACGAAGGCUUGCUUUUCAUUUUGCGGAGGGGGGUGGUCAGGAAGGCGGAGCAGAGAUGUGGCCCACAUUCCAAACCCUCCCUCCCUGCAGGCGGAAACCUUUGGACUCUGGGUGGGGCCAACCCCAGGGCUCUCCUUCCGCCUCCUUUUUCUGCUUGCUGAGCUGACCUUGGAUGGUGAAGGGUAGCCAUGCACACCCCCUCCAUGGAGGGUGAGGAGUGGGUGGCGACCCUAAGCUGUGAGUUAGGAGAGCAGACAGAAGCCACCCACCGUGAGCUAUGGUGUCCGAGAAUGCGUUUGCUCAGCAUCCCUGACAAGGCCUCUAGGAAAUAAAGAUCACCCCACUUUA